AAGCGUUCAAUGUGCUUAGGACUGGUUUACGUGCGGGAAAUACUAAAUAACGACAGUGCGUACAUAUUGAAGAAAACCAACCCCCUAUUUUUCUGACAGCUACGGAGGGACUUGUGGCAGAAUGCGGGGUUGUUACUGACCCCUCCUCAGCAGCUGUCUCUCUCUCUAUCUCUCUCUGUAGUGUGGACUUUGACGGGGGACGCGGACAAGGACAAAAAUGCCACACCGGGAUUCAGUCUCUCAGCGCUGUUUCGGACAAGGAGGAAAAACACCCUCCGUUCUUUAAAAAAAAAAAUAUAUAAAAAAAAAAUACCAAACUUUGGAUCUACCUUCCUACACGUCUGGAUUUUUCUCCUUCCUCUUCUCCGAACAGUUUUCCUUCCUGAUGAACGGUGACUCACUGCAGGCAGAAGGCGAGCCGCUGCAUCCUAAUCAGACAGCGGAGAGGACUUCAGCUCAUUGACAUUACAGUCAUACUUUUCUGGAGCACUUUUUCUUUUUUUUUUUUCUUUUUUAUUUCCACUGCGCUGCACUGUAGCCUGCGCGUGCAUCUGAGGCUUGUGGCUUUCCCCUCCGCACACAGAGGGGGGAAGAGGAUACGGGUGGUACCUUUUACUGAAGUGUUAGAGGGAUGAAACUCUCCUUGAACCCUUCUGGAACUGACUAUUUCAUUUUUACUAUUAUAUUUUCUGGACUAUUACAUCGGCUUCUUUUUUGGUGGUACGAGUGAGCACUUAACAAUGACGAUUCUGUUUGGGGACUGGAUCGCAAUUAUUGCUCAGAUGAGUCUGAGCGCUCAGCUGAAUAUAAAUUAGGUGUUCAGCUCCACAGAUUGCUGGAAGAGGCAGAGGCAGAGGGAGACAGAGCAAAGACAAUCCACAAAGACAAAUGCCAAGGCCUCACAUGAUGAACAGAACUCUUUAUUUGAUCCUGAAUAAUAGAAAUACCAAAUUUGAAGAAAAUAUCAACAGGUCAAGGGAGGAAUAAACAGGACAUAUAAAAGCAACUUUUACAGAGUGGGGAUGUAUCUUUCUAUUUUCUUUUUCCUACUCUUAUGGGCUCAAGCCCUGACAUUGAAAAACUUGAAUUAUUCUGUCCCGGAGGAACAAGGCCCGGGGACAGUGAUUGGGAACAUUGCCAAAGAUGCCAGACUUGGACUGGAACAGGUUGGGCAGGCAGGACAGGGUAAAAAAGCCAACUUCAGGGUGCUGGAAAACUCCGCUCCGCAUCUCAUUGACGUAGACCCCCAGAGCGGACUGUUGUACACAAAGCAGCGCAUCGACAGGGAAACCUUGUGUAAGAGAAACCCCAAGUGCCAGCUUUCCAUGGAGGUGUUUGCCAAUGACAAGGAGAUAUGCAUGAUCAAAAUAGAUAUUCAGGACAUUAAUGACAACUCACCAACUUUCCCCUCGGAUCAGAUUGAUAUUGACAUUUCAGAAAAUGCAGUGCCAGGGACACGCUUUCCCCUGACCAGUGCGCAUGACCCAGAUGCAGGAGAAAACGGUCUGAAAACGUAUCAAAUAACACGCGAUGACUACAAUCUCUUCUCCUUGGAGGUAAAAUCCCGUGGUGACGGGACUAAAUUCCCAGAAUUAGUUAUUCAAAGACCAUUGGACCGAGAAGAACGAAGCCAUCACACCCUAAUUUUGUCAGCCACUGAUGGAGGGGAAUAUCCUAAGUCAGGUACCAUGCAGAUAAAUGUCAAAGUUAUUGAUUCCAAUGAUAACAGCCCUGUGUUUGAUCAGCCCUCAUAUGUUGUAGAAAUCCCUGAAAAUUCCACUCCUGGUAAAGUCCUGAUUGAUUUAAAUGCUACAGAUCCUGAUGAGGGAAACAAUGGACAAGUAGUUUAUUCUUUUAGUGGCUAUGCCCCAGAGAGAAUCAGGGAGCUCUUCUCCAUAGAUUCAAGGACAGGGGACAUUAAGAUUCAGGGCGAAAUUGACUAUGAAGAGAGCCCAGUUAUUGAGAUUGACGUCCAGGCAAAGGAUCUGGGUCCCAAUCCAAUCCCAGGCCAUUGUAAAGUCACUGUUAAAGUGCUUGACAGGAAUGAUAACUGGCCAUCUAUAAGCUUUGUGUCAGUGAGACAGGGAGCCAUCAGCGAGGCAGCACCUCCAGGCACUGUCAUUGCUCUGGUCCGUGUCACAGACAAGGACUCAGGCAGGAAUGGGCAGCUUCAGUGCAGAGUGUUGGGUAAUGUCCCCUUUAAACUUGAGGAGAACUAUGUUAACUUCUAUACAGUGGUGACAGACAGACCCUUAGACAGAGAGGCACAGGAUGAGUACAAUGUCACCAUUGUGGCCAAAGACAAUGGAAUUCCUCCUCUUAAUUCCACAAAAUCCUUCACAGUGAAGAUCCUCGAUGAGAAUGAUAACGUUCCUCGCUUUACCAAGUCAGUUUAUCUUCUUCAGAUUCCUGAGAACAACAUUCCUGGGGAGUAUCUAGGCUCAGUUCUGGCACAUGAUCCUGACCUUGGCCAGAACGGCACAGUGUACUACAGCAUAGUUAACUCCAACGUGAGUGGGGGUGAUGUCAACACCUAUGUAAAUGUUAACGCUGCAAAUGGGGCCAUCUACGCCGUGAGAUCUUUCAACUACGAGCAAAUAAAGUAUUUCGACUUCAAGGUCCUUGCUAAAGAUAACGGAUCUCCACACCUGGAGAGCAAUGCUACAGUGCGCAUCAGUGUUCUAGAUGUCAAUGACAACAUCCCUGUCAUAGUUCUGCCGCUACUCCUAAAUGACACAGCUGAAAUCCAUGUGCCCCGCAAUGUUGGAGUUGGCUACAUUCUCACCACAGUGAGGGCGGUUGAUAAUGACUAUGGAGAGAGUGGGAGGCUCACCUAUGAGAUCUCGGAUGGCAAUGAGGAGCAUCUCUUUGAGAUUGAUCCAGUGACGGGGGAAGUGCGCACAGCCCACCCAUUCUGGGAUGAUGUGAACCCGAUUGUGGAGUUGAUCAUCCGAGUAUCAGACCACGGCAAGCCAACUCUCACCGCUGCCGCCAGGCUCAUAAUAAAGGCCUCAGAUGGACGUCCUCCUGAUGGACUGCCGCGCACAAAGGACAAUCAGAACUGGGACAUGUCCCUUCCUCUUAUUGUAACUCUCAGUAUCAUAUCAAUCAUGCUUCUGGCUGCCAUGGUGACCAUAGCAAUCAAGUGCAAGCAGGAAAACAAGGAGAUCCGAACGUAUAAUUGUCGCAUUGCAGAGUACUCGCACCCUCAGCUGGGAAAAGGAAAGAAGAAGAAGAUUAACAAGAACGACAUCAUGCUGGUGCAGAGCGAGGUGGAGGAGCGGGAUGCCAUGAAUGUGAUGAAUGUGGUAAGCAGCCCUUCCUUGGCCACCUCUCCCAUGUACUUUGACUACCAGACACGCCUGCCACUCAGCUCACCAAGGUCAGAGGUCAUGUACCUCAAGCCCACUGCCAAUAACCUCAGCGUGCCCCAAGGCCACGUGGGAUGCCACACCAGCUUCACAGGCCCAGUCACCAGCACUACAGACACACCUACUAACCGCAUGUCCAUCAUACAGACAGACAAUUUCCCCACUGAGCCUAAUUAUAUGGGUAGCAGACAACAGUUUGUUCAAAGUAGUUCAACAUUCAAAGACCCAGAGCGAGCCAGCCUCAGAGACAGCGGCCAUGGGGACAGCGACCAGGCUGACAGCGACCAAGACACCAACAAAGGCUCCUGCUGCGACAUGUCCGCAAAAGAAGCCCUCAAGUUAAAGGCUACGGGUGUGAAACCCCCGCCUCUGGAGCAAGAUGAGGAUUGUGUGAACUGUACAGAGGAGUGCCGAGUUCUGGGUCAUUCCGACCGCUGCUGGAUGCCCCAAUUCCCCGCUGGAGGAAACCAGGCAGAGGGCGUUGACUACCGCAACAAUAUGUUUGUACCAGCAGGGAUGGAGACUGUGCCGGAGACAGAAACCUAUGAGACGGUCAACCCAAACGGCAAAAAGACAUUCUGUACAUUUGGAAAAGAGAGGCGCGAUCACACCAUCCUGGUCGCCAAUGUCAAGCCCUACUUGAAGGCGAAACGUGCCCUCAGUCCACUGCUCCAGGAGAUUCCCUCAGUCUCGAGCAGUCCUACUAAAGGCUGCUCCACCAUGUCUCCCUGUUCCUCCAUGAAAAGCCCAGCCGACGGAGCUGAAGGCAAACCUCCCCCCGCCACCUGCUCCGGUCACUACGGCCCUCCUGAUGGUCAGUACCUUUCACCAACCAAACAAAGCAGAGACCAGGGGGUCUACCCACCCUUGCCUCCCUCAGAUCCAGUAGCCAAGGUGCUGGCAGAGGCUCGCUCCAGGAUAAGCCAAGAGGCAACAAGUGAAAUGGAGUGCGUCCUGGAGCAGGUGGAGCCUGGGAACGUAAACCGUGACAGAAUGGACGCUGACCAGGUGGUGAGAGACAUCGACAAACUAUUGCAGGACUGCAGAGGAAGUGAGGCCACCGGCACACUCAGGAAGUGACACAAAGGACUCCAAAAAAAAAAAAAAA